UUACAAAACGAAAGAACAAGAAUUUUUGACCAAGCACCGGCAUUUAUUUGUGAAAAGUUUAAGUAUUAUAAGUUGUUUACUUUAAGAAUAAUAGAAAAAUAUUAAUAAAACAUAAUGCCUACUUGGAAUCAAAUACAGUCUCAACUAAGAAAUCCCAAUAAUCCUGUAGUAUUUUUUGAUGUUUCUGUGGGCACUACAGAAAUAGGACGUAUGAUUUUUGAAUUAUUUGCCGAUACCGUACCCAAAACUGCGGAAAAUUUUCGUCAAUUCUGUACCGGUGAAUAUCAGCCCGAUGGUGUUCCUUUAGGCUAUAAAGGUGCCAGUUUUCAUCGUGUUAUUAAAGAUUUUAUGAUACAGGGUGGAGAUUUUGUGCAUGGCGACGGUACUGGUGUUAUGAGUAUUUAUGGCAAUACAUUUGCCGAUGAAAAUUUCACUUUAAAACAUGAUUCACCUGGACUUUUAUCGAUGGCCAAUAGUGGAAAAGAUACAAAUGGUUGUCAGUUUUUUAUUACAUGUGCUAAGUGUAAUUUUUUGGAUGGCAAACAUGUGGUAUUUGGUAGAGUUUUAGAUGGUCUUUUGAUUAUGCGUAAAAUUGAAAAUGUUCCAACGGGUCCAAAUAAUAAACCAAAACUGCCAGUCUUAAUAGCACAAUGUGGACAAAUGUAAUACAUAUAUACUAUAAUGUAAAUAAUAAUAUGACUUUAAUAAAUAAUUUUAUUUUUU